AGAAAAAUAUCUAUUUAUACUCCUAAUGAAUAUUUUCUGACUGAGUUGUGUAAGGGCAAAGUCCAUUCUGAAGAGGCUGGCAAUUUCACUAUCUUAUCUUUUUUCUUUCCAGAAUGGGUUCUGGAUGGGUCCCCUGGGUGGUGGCUCUGUUAGUGAAUUUCAUCAUGCUGAAUUCCUCCAUGACUCAAGGCACAGACAUUCCAGAAGAUUUUGUGAUUCAGGCAAAGGCUGACUGUUACUUCACCAAUGGGACAGAAAAGGUGCGGUUUGUGGUCAGAUUCAUCUUUAACUUGGAGGAGUAUGCACAUUUCGACAGCGAUGUGGGGAUGUUUGUGGCACUGACGAGGUUAGGGCAGCCCGAUGCUGAGCAGUGGAACCGUCGUCCGGAUAUAUUGGCGAGGAGCAGAGCGUCUGUGGAUGCGCUCUGCAGAUAUAACUACAGGCUGGGGGCCCCCUUCACUGUGGAGAGAAAAGUGCAACCAGAGGUGACAGUGUACCCAGAGAGAACCCCAUUUCUGCAGCAGCACAACCUGCUGCUCUGCUCUGUGACCGGCUUCUAUCCAGGGGACAUCAAGAUCAGGUGGUUCCGGAAUGGGCAGGAGGAGAGAACUGGGAUCAUGUCCACUGACCUUAUCAGGAAUGGAGACUGGACCUUUCAGACUAUGGUGAUGCUAGAAAUGAUUCCUGAACUUGGAGAUGUCUACACUUGCCUUGUUGAUCACCCCAGCCUGCUGAGCCCUGUGUCUGUGGAGUGGAGAGCUCAGUCCGAAUAUUCUUGGAGAAAGCUGCUGAGUGGAGUUGCAGCCUUCCUACUUGGGCUAAUCUUCUUUCUGGUGGGGAUUGUCAUCCACCUCAGGGCUCGGAAAGGAUAUAUGGAUACUCAGCAGUCUGGUGAUGAGGUCCCUAGAACUGUCAUGCCCUGGCAGCCAUGCUAACGUCCUCACUGAAGCUUCUCCUCCUGGAGCCUGAUUUAGUUCUCAGUGGCCUGGGUCUUAGGCAAGGCAAAGGGCAUCCAUGAGGUCAAUAUUCUUUCCGUGGUCCUUGAAGUAGUCUGAACUAAUUCUAGAGAUUUGUGUUUUGAGAUCACGCACCUUCCACCCAUCUUUCCUUCUUUCUUCUACUUGUACACGUCAUUAAUCAGUAUUACCGAGGACACUGUCCAGAAACUCCCCUAAGACAUAAUUCCUUCUAGUCCCAAAUCAUUUACUUUUCUAUGCUCCAGCCCUGGUUCAAUAAGUCACAAUUCUCAAAGCUUUCUCUCUUCCAGUUGCAGUCUUUACAGCCUUCAGAAGAUGAUGUUCAGAUAGUCAUUGCUUCCUUUUCACUGUUUUAAAAAUCUUUUUUAUUGUAAAAUAAAA